GCGCUUCAGUCGGCGGCACAGUGAGAAAUAACUUAAAAUGAUGUUGGAGGUAUAUUUGGACUGGCUCUACACCGCUUUCUGUCAUUCCGUUCACGACUACCAAACGGUAUCCACGCCUUGCUGUUAAGCAUUUCUUCUCUUCGGUGUUAGGCGCAUAUAGAAGUUUAAAUCUAACAUCCACCAAAGUGGUAUCAACAGGCUUCUGUUCUAGUGCAAAAGAGGAAUAUUGGGAAAAUUGUCAACUGUAUUGCUUCAUAAUUGGCCAUUGAGGCACAAUUAAAAGUUUUGUUUUUAAUUUUCUGAAACGUGUGGUUUUCGCCAAAUAAUAUUUUUCAUCGAAAAUAAAAUUGAGUGAAAGGACUCCAAGGAUCAGUAUUGCAAGAAAAUGUCUGCAGAAAAUAAGGGAAUGAAACAAAUUGUCGGUGUUUCUGACAUCACAGACAAUCGGAACAUUUGGAGGAUUUUGAUUGCUGAAUUUCUUGGAACUUUCCUCCUUGUCUCAAUUGGUAUUGGGAGUACAACAGCAUGGGGUGAUUUCUCACCAUCAAUACCUCAAAUUUCCUUCACAUUCGGUCUUGUAGUCGCUACUCUUGCACAGGCUUUUGGACAUGUGAGUGGAUGUCACGUAAAUCCCGCCGUGACUUGUGGGUUUGUCGUGACUGGCGACGUGAGCAUCCUCAAGGGAAUAUUCUACAUUGCCUGUCAAUGCAUUGGAGCAAUUGCUGGUGCCGCUCUCAUUAGGGUGGGAACUCCGACUCAGAAUGUUGCAAAUCUGGGCAAUACAACGAUCCAUCCCGAUUUAUCACCAGCUCAGGGUGUUCUCAUUGAGGCCCUCGUCACAUUUAUUCUUGUUUUUGUCGUUCACGGUGUGAGUGAUCCUCGUCGAUCGGACAACAAAAAUGCUGUACCCUUGUCUGUAGGACUUUCCAUCACUGCUGGUCACUUGGCAGCGAUCAAAUUCACCGGUGCAAGCAUGAAUCCAGCCCGUUCUUUCGGUCCAGCUGUUGUGAUGGCUUUCUGGGAGAACCACUGGGUAUACUGGGUGGGUCCCAUUCUUGGUGGAAUCAUCGCUGGUGUCAUUUAUCGUUUCAUUUUCAAGGUCAAAAAGGGCGAUGGGGAAGCAUCAUCAUAUGAUUUUUAGGUUUGUAAGUCUUCUUCUCAGAGAAGACCCCAAUUUCCACACAUUUCUACCGUCAUACCUUUUCGUCUCUAAGUAAAUUAUUGAAAAAAGGGGAUAUUAUCGAGAAAAAAAAAUCGAGAAAAAUUGUCUUCUCUGUGGGACACCUUUUAAGUUUAAUUGUUUUUGUCAUACAAAAUUCUCGCUAUAAUCACUGCGAAAAACCAAAAAGCUAAAAAAGAAACUUGAUAUCAAGAGGCAGCGAGGAAAUCUUCGUGAUUUGGAAAGUAAUUACACGUUCUAUUUACUUUCAAUUUUCUGCGGUAAUUAAGUACAUUAAGAAAAAUUUCUAUUUCUUCAGAAGGUAUUCAAUGUGAUUUGUUGUUGUUUGAAAAUUCAGGUAUGUAUUCUAAAUUUAUGACUUUGUUAUGGAAUCCUUUUUCAAUACUGUAUUUCUUUGUGUUUAUCUAGGAUGUAGUAGGGGAAACACUGAGAGAAAUUCGAAAAAGUUAAAAUAACAUUCCGGAAAUGUUAAUUUUACCCUGCGGUAUAGAUCCGAAAUCGGUGUAAAUAUUACCCUUUUUAGGUGUAUUGGGGGUUAAAGUUAUCCUUUUUUCAUGUUGAUUUUACCCUUAAAAGGUGUAAAAUUAACAUUAAAAAAUGUUGAUAUCUUUUUACACCUAAGAAGUGUUAAAGUUAUGAGGAAAAAAAGUUAAUCGCACCCUCUUUUUUUCUGAGUGCACCUAUAUAGAAGGUCUGUUUCUUUUUUUCUACUUAGUGAUCUUAUGCUUUUCUUUAGCCUGAAAGAAUGAGGACGUCUCAAAUGUUUCAAAUAGGAAAUGGUAAUUAGAUUUUUUUUAAGAAAAAGGGAUCAAAAGUAGCUUCAAUUAUUCUUUCAAACUUCCCAAAACGAUUUUGAUGAUUUAAGAAGCAUAUUUGGCCAGGUUAAGAAAUUCCCUAAAAACUCUUCUGAGACGACAUUGUUGGCUUAGACCGUCUUCAGACUAUAGGUUUAGCCCAGUUCUCGAGGGUCUCAAAACCUUAAACAGCAACCGAUUUUAUUGAUUUUUCAAAAUCUAAUAGGUAAUUUGACAUUAAUAAUCUAAUUUAAGUCAAAUUUUUCCAAGAAAUCUUGAUUUAUAAGAUAUUAGAGAAGUUAAGCCAUAUGGCUAAGCCUUAGGUCUGAAACCCGUAUUAGCUUAAGAAAAGUUGAUGAAGAAGCUUCCUCAAAGUUCUCCCAAAAAUCCCUAUGGAAUUUUGAUUAAUAGAUUUUACGCAGCUUUGCUUUUAAAAAGUUCACAAUAAGUAGAGGAAAGUGCCCAUCCUUUAAGCAGUUCCAAGCUUUAUAUUGACUAAAUUUUUCCUAUGUUUUUCAAUAAAUAUGACUCAUCGUACCCUUAUUUUAAAAACUAGGGGAAAGUGUCCUGUUUUUAAAAUAUAUUGCGGAGUCACAUUUAUUCAAAAAAAAACAUAGGAAAAAUUUAGUCAUUAUGAAGCUUGGAACCGUGCACUAAGAGAAAUCCGAAAAAGGUUAAAAUAACAUUCCGGAAAUGUUUAUUUUACUCUGCAGUAUUGAUUCGAAAUCGGUGUAAAUAUUAUGCUUUUUAGGUGUAUUAUGGGUUAAAGUUACCCUUUUUCAUGUUAUUUUUACCCUUAAAAAGGCGUAAAAUUAACAUUAAAAAUGUUGAUAUAUUUUUACACCUAAAAAGUGUCAAAGUUAUGAGGAAAAAAAGUUAAUCGCACCCCUGUUUUUUCUCAGUGUGUAAAGUAAAGCAUCACUGAGAGAAAUCCGAAAUAUGUGUAAAUAUUAUGCUUUUUAGGUAUAUUAUGGGUUAAAGUUACCCUUUAUCAUGUUAAUUUUACAGUGCUGUCUCACUAUAUGCACAGUUUGGGUACUUUUUUUGACAGUUCUCUCUCUGAAUAUGCACAACUUUUUUUGAAAUUCCCAACGGUUUUUUUCUUUCUUUCAAUAAAUUAUCAUUUUUUUAUUGUUCUAGAAUUUCCCGUGUUAUUUUAAAUAUAAUAUGAGACAUAAAAACUAAAAUUAAGAAAAUUAAAAACAAGAAAAAUUAGUUACCAAGAAAAUAAUUUUCUUUAUUACUUUGUCAAAAUGUAAACAAAUUGAUUUUGAAUGCAACCGACCCAAAAGCUGUGCAUAUAGAGAGUGUGCAUAUAGAGAGACAGUACUGUAUACUUAAAAAGGUGUAAAAUUAACAUUAAAAAAUGUUGAUAUAUUUUUACACCUAAAAAGUGUUAAAUCGCACCCUCUUUUUUUCUCAGUAAUGGACACUUUCCCCUACAUUUUCAAUUUAAGUGGAAAUAUUUUGCUUUUUUGGAAAGCUUAUAAGAUUCAACAAAAAACUUUUCAAACCAGUAAAGGCUCUUUUUUCUAACAUGCAAAAUAUUGAAACAAUAAUUUGACACUUUAGGAAGAAGUCAUAUUCAGAAGAACAAGAAUUAGGGGCGGAGCUAAAAGAUUCUUAAAAGAAGAGUUUCUUAAAAAAUAAAACGCUGUUCUAUAUAAUAAAAUUUGUGAAAUACUGAAGAAAGAAUUUAAAAAAAUCAAACUUUUUUUUACUUUAAGCGCUGAAUGAUAGUAAAUUUAGAAAGAAGUACCAAAAGACACAAGAAAACUUAGAAAUUAUUCUGUGAAAUUGUAUAAGGUAUUUUUUGUUAUUUUUAUAAAUUAAUUUGAGGGCGUGGCUUAAUAUUUCAGAUGCAAAAUCAUUUGACUCUUGCAUCUAUAUUGCACGACCAAUAUAUCUCUAAUAUAUUAAUCGUGACUUCUUCUUUGGACAUUGUUGUGGUUAGUGGUAGUCUCUUACUAAAUAUCCAAAAUUAAAAUAUGUCAAUUGAAAUUUUGAAGGGGCGUGGCCUAAAAUGUGUUUUGGCAGAAUUUAUUUAGAAAGCAAAACACUACUUAUGGGAGUUUUUUUUUAUAAUGACGGUAUUGAAACAAAUACAUUUUUUGGAUUUGAUAUUCAGUAUUUAUAAAUAUACGUCAAAGCGUUUUUAAGAUAAGAUUUUAAAAAAUAUAUUUCGAUUAAAAAAAUCUUCCAAGACCUAAACUGAGAAAAAAAGAGGCUGCGAUUAACUUUUUUCGUCAUAAUUUUAACACUUUUUGGGUGCAAAAAUAUAUCAACAUUUUUUAAUGUUAAUUUUACACCUUUUAAGGGUAAAAUCAACAUGAAAGAAGGGUAACUUUAACCCAUAAUACACCUAAAAAGGGUUAUAUUUACACCGUUUUCGGAUCAAUACUGCAGGGUAAAAUUAACAUUUUCGGAAUGUUAUUUUAACUUUUUCGUAUUUCUCUCAGUGUAGUUAUUUAUGUGAAGACAUUUGACAAAUUUACAAAAUUACUCAAUUAAAAAGAUUCACGUUGAAUACCUUCUCUAACUGUAAUCACUUGUGUGCCUAAUUGACACAGAAAAAAAAAAAUAUUGUAAUUUUUUUGUGGAUAAAUCAUCUUCAUACACUUUCUUUGUAAAUACACUACAAUUCGUACCUUUUAUUCAUUAUACCUUCAUCAUCAAUUAGUGCUUAGACGCAGUAGAAUUUAAAUUUAUCUUCAUUUCGGGUGAAUGUUUCAACAAAAAAAAAAUGAUUCUCAAAACUCACGAGAGUAUCAAUCAAACAAGCUACUAUAAUAAAUUAAUCUCCUUGAAUAAUAAAAAAAAGAUAUGGUAAACAAACUUCCAACAACCAUCCAACCACUUUAUAAAAGACAGAUAGAGAGUAAACAAGAAAAUAGAAAAAAAAUUAAAGAUAAAAAGCAAUAACUAAUAACAGCGAAAUCUGCAGAGAGGAGGAUGCAGAGAGAAAGACCGAAAGAAGUAGAAUCAGAAUGAUACGCAUUUGAAUCUUUUUUUUCUUUCGACUCAAAACUGUCUUUUUUUUUAUUAAAUGUGUAAAAUGUAAAACUGAACUAACCACUUUUUAUUUGUAGGCGAUAUUAUAUAUAUAUUUGUGCAAAAUAAAAUGUAUAAUAAAAUAUUUUGUAUGUA